CAAUUCGUCGUCCCGCCGAAGUAGGCUAGGUCACGUCUGUCUGUGAACGGAGAGAGGUACGGUAGGCCAAGGCAUAGUUUGAGUGGAUGGCUUCAAAAUGCUACGAGCUUUGCCCAAGUGUAGAUAUCUUGUAGGAAACUUAAUUAAAAACCUUCCGCGUCCACUAGGAGCUCGGAACCUUCACAGAGAACCCCUUCAUCCAGAAUGGAAUGAGCUUGCGAAGAAACAACUACGUGGAGGAGAUCCAAAAGAAAAACUAACAUGGAAAACACAUGAGGGGAUCUACUUGAAGCCAUUAUACACAAGACAAGAUACAGCUCAGCACAGUGAUGAGAUACCUGGUAAAUAUCCAUACACAAGAGGGCCAUAUCCAACAAUGUACACACAAAGACCAUGGACUAUCAGACAGUAUGCUGGUUUCAGUACAGUGGAGGAAAGCAAUAAGUUCUACAAGCAAAAUAUCAAAGCAGGACAACAGGGUUUGAGUGUGGCCUUCGACCUUGCUACUCAUCGUGGAUAUGAUUCAGAUAACCCCCGUGUCCAUGGUGAUGUUGGCAUGGCAGGCGUGGCCAUUGAUACAGUGGAAGACAUGAAGGUUUUAUUUGAUGGCAUCCCAUUGGAUAAAAUGUCAGUAUCCAUGACAAUGAAUGGUGCUGUCCUACCAAUCAUGGCCAUGUUUAUCGCUGCUGCAGAAGAACAGGGAGUCCCUGCAGAACUGCUGACAGGCACGAUACAAAAUGACAUCCUUAAGGAAUUUAUGGUGCGCAACACGUACAUCUACCCUCCUGAACCUUCCAUGAAAAUCAUCUCAGAUAUAUUUGCAUACACAUCAAAGCACAUGCCAAAAUUCAAUUCAAUCUCCAUAUCUGGGUAUCAUAUGCAAGAGGCUGGUGCAGAUGCUGUCUUAGAGCUGGCUUUCACAAUUGCUGAUGGAUUACAAUAUUGCAGAACAGGCAUUGAAGCUGGUUUAGAAAUUGAUGCCUUUGCUCCUCGUUUGUCAUUUUUCUGGGGCAUUGGGAUGAACUUCUACAUGGAGAUAGCCAAGCUAAGGGCUGCAAGAAGGCUAUGGGCACAUCUUAUGAAGAAGCAUUUCAGCCCCAAGAAUGAGAAAUCAAUGAUUCUGAGAUGUCACUGCCAAACAUCAGGCUGGUCACUCACUGAACAAGAUCCCUACAACAAUGUAAUACGCACUGCAGUGGAAGCUAUGGCGGCAGUGUUUGGCGGUACACAGUCACUACACACUAACUCAUUUGAUGAAGCUCUUGGCUUACCAACAAUCACAAGCGCACGUAUUGCAAGGAACACUCAGAUUAUUCUGCAAGAAGAAAGUGGAAUUCCAAAGGUUGCUGAUCCCUGGGGUGGAUCACAUAUGAUGGAGUGCUUGACCGAUGAAAUAUAUGAGGCUGCUGAGAAGGUUAUAGAAGAGGUUGAAGCUAUGGGUGGAAUGGCAAAGGCUGUUGCAAGCGGUUAUCCUAAAUUGAAGAUAGAAGAAGUUGCUGCUAAAAAACAAGCCAGGAUAGACUCUGGACAAGAGGUGAUUGUUGGAGUUAAUAGGAACCAGUUACCACCCGACCAAGAGGAAACUGUUGAGGUUCUCUCUAUUGACAACACAAAAGUUAGAGAAACACAAAUUGCAAAAUUGAAGGAAGUGAAAGAAACGAGGAACCAAGAACAGGCCCUGAAGGCUUUAGAUGACAUCACAGAAUGCAGUAAGACAGGACAGGGGAAUCUACUACAUCUUGCUGUGGAGGCUGCAAAGGCAAGAUGUUCUUUAGGCGAGAUCUCCAUGGCAAUGGAAAAGGUGUUCAAGCGUCACAUCGCUACAGACAGGAUGGUUAGCGGAGCCUACAAGACCGAGUACGGGGAUGACUCCGAGUUACAAAUGUGCCUCAAGAAAGUAGAGGAGUUCAAAGAAGCCGUGGGACGUCGACCAAGACUGCUUGUUGCCAAGAUGGGUCAGGACGGUCAUGAUAGAGGUGCUAAGAUCGUUGCAACCAGCUUUGCUGACAUUGGGUUUGAUGUUGAUAUUGGACCUUUAUUCCAGACACCUAAGGAGGUAGCUCAACAAGCAAUAGAUGCUGAUGUCCAUGUGGUUGGUGUAAGCACAUUAGCUGCUGGCCACAAGACACUGGUGCCAGAGCUCAUCAAAGAAUUGCAUGCAUUAGACAGGGGAGAUAUAAUUGUUGUCGUUGGUGGUGUAAUACCCCCACAGGAUUAUGACAUACUGUAUGAAUUUGGUGUGAAGAGCAUAUUUGGGCCUGGGACAAAAAUUCCUGUAGCAGCUGUGUGUGUUGUGGAUGAUAUUCAUGAGGCAAUCUCGAAAAGAGCAGAAGGAUAAAGAAAAUGAAAUCAAGAUUUUUACAAAAAAAAUGAACCCCUUAUUUAUGUACAGUUUUUGAAGUUUAACGCUUGUGAACUUGCUCUGAUAAACUUUAAUGAAAGAUUAUUAUGUACAUACAGAUCUUAGAGAAAUUUAUUUUCUCAAAUAGAAAUAAAUGACUGGACAAACAGUAAUAUUAUUUAUUCUCGAGUGUAUAAGUGUAUAAACUUUAUUUUGUGCAAGUUGUAGGGUUCUUGCUUUCAAUAUGUCGUUCUAUAUACAAUAUUAGACAAAAAAUAAGCACCUUUCUUGAGUAAUGGUAGUGGUAAUGGUUGGAGACCAAAGAUCUUAUAAACACAAGAUAGCGCUAUCUGUGAUUCUACAAGUAACAAAUAGAAGCAUCGAUGUUCAGUAAUAAGAAACAUAAAAAGUAAUCGCUUUUGAGAGAGGGCGUCCUAGUCGUUCCCGUGGCUUUUAUAGAAUUUGCACACAGAUGUGCUAUUUUUAGUUAACGAUCUCUCAUGUCAAAGUUGAAAAGUAAUCACCUUUGCAAGAAGGCAAUAUACACUGCAUUAUUGCACACGGAAAUUGAGGAGAACGCUAUCUUGUAAUUAUAAGACCUUUGUUGGAGACUUGUAUAUCGCAUAAUACGUGGUCUCAAUGUGCUAUACAGAGAACAAAAAAUGCAAAAUCUCUUCUAGUAUGUAAACUAAGCUAACCAUGCUAUAAAACCGAACAGACUAAUGCAGAGGAACCAACACUAUUGCUCCGUUCACCUGCAAUUUGAGACCACCGACAAGCAGUGGUUAGCAGGUACAUGACUUGCAGGUGCUCGAAUAGUGUUGGCAUCUAGCCUAGCCUUUCCUGAAGACUUUUUCUACAACGCGAAUUUAUUCGUGCAAAUCGAAAGUGUUGGUUCACUUCCUGAGCUCUGAUUGGUUGCGUAUUUUUCGCUUCAUGAAAAGUGAGUAGAAAGAGUUCAAAUUACAGUACCGAUUUCGCUGAAGCGAAAACCACCCAUAGAAAUGUGAAUGCGCAUAAACACUUUCGAUUCGCGCAAAUACAUUCGCCAAGUGGAAAACAGGCUAGACAAAAAUAGUGCUACUGUAGUACAUAUUAUUAUUUUCAAUUUCUAAAUAAUGUGGCACUUAAUUGAAAGAAUACCCAACGUCCCUUUGAGGUUAUGUGAUGCUAAUUUAAAUAACCAAUUUGUCAGAGAACUAAUGAUAAUAAUGCUGUUAAAUGUCAGGCCUAGAUAUGCUGCACAUGUUAAUCGUUGUAGUAAGUGUAGCUCUCAAAUAAGCUCCUGUUUUUCAAUUUGUUCCACACAGAAGCCUCCAAACUAUGCAUAAAAUAAUCGCCAAGGCUCAUACAUGAUCAUCACUGUGAUAAUACAAUAAUAUUUAAAAAGUGGAGACUACAAAAUGUAGUAUGACAAGGGACAGGUUAAUUAUUCGACGAGAUAUGAGGAUCAUAAAGUGGUUCCAGAGUUAGAAUUUUGCAUAAUACUGUAUAUCAUCUCGAACAUCUGUGAAGUAUUUAUUUGAAAUAUAGGCUACCUUUACUGGAGAGUUCUCUAAAAUUGUGUCUAAUUCCAAUUCAAUAAAUGUACCUACCUAUAACCAGA